AAAUAAAUUCUCGAAAUAAAUUUAAAGAGUAUAUACAUAUUUCUGUAAAUAAAGUGAAACGGUUUUUAUAUUUUGAAUGUUUUUGAAAGGAGUAAAUAAUUUAUAAAAAAAUUCAAGGAUUCCGUUCUAAAAAUGAAUAAAGAGGAAGUAAAGUCGGAGGCCGAUGAGUCCAAUCGGAUGUGGGCGAGCGCAUCCUUCGUGGGUGUGCUGAUCAUCAUCGGCCUGCCGCUGUGGUGGAAGACCACGGAGGUUUACAGGGUGACGUUACCGUACUCGGAGAUCAGCUCGUUCGACACGGAGUCGCAUCACGUCGCCACCCAGCUCAAGGUGCUGGCCAACUCGCACCACCUAGCUGAGGAGCUGGCUGGCAAGAUACGGGAGACUUUCAAAGAAUAUGACGCGAUAAAACUGAACAUCAUCACGGAAGUGCUGCCAGGUGCCCUCCGUCAAACGUUGGAGUCAGUGGCGGAUGAAGGGGAGGCGACCGAGGAGGUGGGCGCCGUGUACGAUUUGUACAAGCAUAACACCUUCUACGUGGUGCAGAGGACGCCACUGUUCACUGACGUAUGGGUCGGAGGAGAGAGGGUCGCGUUUUUCAGAGAUGCUAAAGCCGUCCCAACACUCUGCCAAGCCCUGCUCAACUGGAUCUACCAGCCGUCCAUCCUACACGGUGCCCGCUCGCAGCUGGCGGACGCGGCACGCCAGGUCCGCUCGCCAGGCGGCGCGGAGUACCACAUAGUGCUGUCUGUGGUGCACCCCGAUCCGCAACACUUGAGGGUUGACUUCAACGCUGGUGAAGUUAUGGAAGACUACAUCGGAUCGUUUGUGGACGAGCUGUCGGAGCUGCAUAAUUUCACGCUCAAGUCCCAGUGGCUCCAUCUGCUGGAUUUCGAUUUUCAGCUCAAAGAGGUUCGCGACAGUUCCCCUCGCGGGCGGCACUUCACGACGCGGCAGGAGCGGUUGCCGCUGCUGCUGACGCGGCUGGAGGCGCGCGCGGCGCACGUGUCGCAGCAGCCCGCGCUCAACCUCGCGCUGUACGCCGUUCCGUGCGCCGCCGCGCCGCUGCGCGUGCACGCCGACGAGGAGAACGACUCGCCCGUCCAAGCGUUCAUGUCACCGAAAUGGGGCGGUGUAGUUCUCGCCAGUCCCACCGCAGCAGAGUGUGAAGCCGGGGUCUUCAAGCCGCCAGUCAAACUCGUCAUGGGCACCUUCAUAUCGCAGCUGAGGAAGCUGUUGGGGAUUACUGACAAGGAGGCCAUACCCGGGGCGCACCUGGACCCGCUGCGCGCGGUGUCGCCCCGCCGCUGGGAGGUGGACGCGCUGCUGCGGAUCCGCACCCUGGAGCACGUCACCUCCGCCGAAAGGAGCCUCAAGAGCUUGGCCAAGCUGCUUGGUGAGAUAUCAAACAUCGUGAUAAACGACGAGGUGGGCGUGUCCAUCUCGGAGGCGGUGACGCUGACGGCGGCUGCGCGCGCGCACGCCACGGCGGGCGAGCUGCGCGCCGCGUACGACACCGCGCGACGCGCCGAUACUGCGGCAGAAACGGCGUUCAUGGAGCCUAGUCUCUUGGCGCUACUGUACUUCCCUGACGAUCAGAAAUAUGCAAUCUACAUUCCGCUGUUCCUGCCGAUAAUGUUCCCGGUGGUGCUGUCGCUGCGCAACCUGCUGCGGUGGCUUCGCGGAAAACCGGCGGAGAAGGAGAAGACUGAAUAAUUUUUAAAACUUAGUUACCAUUAACAGUUAGACCAUCGUCGCUUUCCAUCAGGCGAUAAGUACAAAAUAUUUUAUACUAGCUUCCCAUUCGUUCACGGAAAAUAAAUCUUGCGGAAACCUUAAAUGUUGCGAUAAAAAGGAACAUGUCGGGGAUGAGUCCCAGUGAAAAGCAUAAGGGUUGACUCACACGUACCACACCUACACUGCACCACACCGUCGCGACAAAAUGUGGUCAUUUUUAUCACACAUGCGGUUAAUAACGACUGCAAAAUGUGGUAAAUGUAAAUAGUCCUAAUUAUUAUUCAUUUUCAAUACAAAGUAUGCGCCCAACUAUCGUCAUGGUCAUGAUCGUGGUGUUGCUGUGGUACGUGUGAAACAGUCCUAAAUGGGUAUUUUCAAGACAUUAGUGCUAGUGUGAAAAGUACACUUAUUUAGGAUGCAUUUAUUGUUGUGUGUGAUUGUAUUAUAAUUUAUUAUUCAGUUUUUACUGUGAACGAUGAAUAAAGGGUUGAAUACAA